AUGCCUAGCGCCACUCUCUCCACGGUCCCCGAGUUCGGAUGGGCUCACACGUCCAUGUUCACCAAUGCAAUCCGCGGCGGUCUCCACAUGCCGUCGCCCAUCUCCCUCCCUCAGCGCCGCCGCCACUUCCAGGCCCACCUAUCGGAUUGGCCCGAGCUUGUGCCGGCCCCUGGCGUCCAGAUUCCCGGCUACCCUCCGCACCCUUCGGGUUGCAAGUGCUGCUACAUCUGCGCCAACUGCGUCGUAACUUGUGGCCAUUAG